AUGUCAAAUCAAGAUGUUCAUGUGGGUAUGAUGCCAAGUGCUGGAAUGGGUCAUCUGACCCCAAUGUUAAGGUUGGCUUCUUUGCUUCUCAACCACAAAUGCAAAGUCACUAUCAUCAAUCCUCUUCCCACUGUCUCCCAAGCUGAAGCGCAACUCCUAUCUCGCUUCCGCUCCACAUACCCUCAAGUCAACCAAAUCAACCUUCAUCUUCAACUACCUUCUCCAUCUCUCAACUCCACUAAUGACCCUUUUUUCCUUCGUUAUGAAGCCAUUUGUGCCUCUACCCCCCUUCUCACUCCCUUCCUCUCUACACUUUCCCCUCCCCUUUCAGCUUUUGUCUCUGACUUCUUUCUCAUUUCCCCUCUCCUUUCAAUCACUCAGACUCUUGCUCUCCCCAACUACUUGUUGGGCACUUCUUCUGCUACCAUGUUGUCCUUCGUCUCACACUUUCCCUCUCUUGUUCAAUCCUUACCUAAACUUGAUGUUGUACAGAUUCCCGGGAUUUCACCUAUCCCAAUAUCAUCUAUACCGCCAGUGAUUCUCCUCCCUAACACCACUUUUAGAAAAUUUGUCAUGGAAGAUAGUCCUCAGAUCACAAAGUUUCAUGGGGUUCUAAUCAACACCUUUGAAGCGCUUGAAACACAGUCUCUUGAGGCUCUUAAUGCUGGGAAAGUGGUCAGAGGAAUGCCUCAAGUUCAUGCCAUUGGCCCUUUUGAGCGUUGUGAGUUUGAGAAGGAAGGUGAAUGGGGUGCACCAUUGAAGUGGCUUGAUGAUAAGCCUAUUGGGUCUGUGGUUUAUGUUGGUUUUGGAAGUAGGACAGCUAUGGGAAGGGACCAAAUAAGAGAGGUAGGAGAAGGGUUGGUGAGGAGUGGAUGCAAGUUUUUAUGGGUGGUUAAGGAUAAGAUUGUUGAUAAGGAAGAAGAAGUUGGGUUAGAUGAGGUGUUAGGGCUUGAGGUGUUGGAGAGGAUGAGAGAGAAGGGGUUGGUGAUGAAGGAAUGGGUGGAUCAAAGUGAGAUUCUUGGUCACCAAGCUGUGGGAGGGUUUGUGAGUCAUUGUGGGUGGAACUCGGUUAUGGAGGCAGCAUGGACUGGUGUGCCAAUUUUGGCUUGGCCUCAGAAUGGAGAUCAAAGGAUAAAUGCUGGGGUUGUGGAGAUGAGUGGGUUAGGGGUGUGGAAGAAAGAUUGGGAUUGGGCUGGAGAAGGUGUGGUCAAAGGGGAGCAAAUUGGAGAGGCUAUAAAGGAUAUGAUGAAGGAUGAAUCUUUAAAAAUAAAAGCAGCACAAGUUAAAGAGGCAAGGAGGAAAGCCAUGGCUGUUGGUGGGGAUUGUGAGGUGUCCCUUGAGAGACUAUUUGAAGAGUGGAGGAAGAAUGCUAAUAACGUUUGAGAGUCAAUGAUUAGAGGCUUUCGUCUUCUACUCAUAUCCUAGACGUGGUUAGUUUUUAUCUAUUUAUUUAUUUUAAUAAUUGGGAUCCUAGGAGUUCUGUGUUUAAUCUCUAGAGAAUGACUUGAAUAGUAGGGUAAAAAAGGAGGAACGCACAUGUUUAUCCCACUCAUUUGGUGUAUGUUUCAACUUUCAUGUACUACAUUGUCUGAUUAUUCCAUUUGCAUUGAUAUGGAAGAAUCGGCAUAUCACUCCAAAAAUAACAAUCAUAAAGAUAUGUCUGUGUAUUAUUUCGCUUGCUCUUUCGUCCUACGUAAGGAGCUCAACCAAACUAGUGAAGUUAUGGUA